GUGCGCCUUCCUCGCGGGCCCGAAAACCUGGCAUGCGGAAUUGAGAGGCGGUCGGAGUUCUCCUCGCUUUUGCCCCGUCGCGGGUGCCUUGCGAAAAGAUCGCCCCUUCUGCUGCAACCGUCUUGCUGGAGCAGCGAGGAAAUUCCCAAAGCCUUUUUAGCCUGAGAAACCGCUCUGCUCCACCUGGGUUUCUUUGCCAUGUGCUGUUUCUCCGCUGGUUUCAACACUGCUGCUUUUCGGGACUCCUUCAGACACGGGCGCCUUGUUUUCCACCCGCUAACCGGCAAAGAUGGCUGUCACAUUGCACACUGAUGUUGGAGAUAUUAAAAUUGAGUUAUUCUGUGAACGAACACCAAAAGCUUGUGAAAAUUUUCUGGCUCUCUGUGCUAGUAACUACUACAAUGGCUGUACUUUUCAUAGAAAUAUCAAAGGCUUUAUGGUUCAGACUGGAGACCCAACUGGUUCUGGGAAAGGAGGAAUCAGUAUUUGGGGCAGGAAAUUUGAAGAUGAAUACAGUGAAUACUUAAAGCACAGUGUCCGUGGAGUUGUUUCCAUGGCAAACAAUGGUCCGAAUACAAAUGGAUCUCAGUUCUUUAUCACUUAUGGCAAACAGCCACAUCUUGACAUGAAAUAUACUGUCUUUGGGAAGGCAAUCGAUGGCUUGGAUACCCUUGAUGAGCUGGAGAAGCUGCCCAUAAAUGAAAAGACAUUCCGCCCCUUGAAUGAUGUCCGUAUUAAAGAUGUGACAAUUCACGCUAAUCCUUUUGCUCAAUAGCUGCAAUGGACCAACUUUUUUUCAGUUUGAACAUUUCACAGAAGAGAAAUUCCAAACCUUGAUAUUGAAACUGUUUAAAAUCAAACAUUUUUCUGUUUCACCUAUGAUCCAGACAGUUUGACUAGUCUCCCAUUUUUUAACAUUCAUCUUUGUCAAGAAAACCACAGAUUAGCUGAGGGUUUCUUUUGGAAAAGCCAUACAGAGGCAUUUUUUAAUAAUCCAUUAAGAAUCUGCAAUAUCAACAAACUGCAGAGUUGAUCAACAAAGAAUGCUAAAGAUAAUUCUGUGUUAAGAAAGGUUCAUUCAAGGAAAAGGAACUGCCAGUUGGAUGAACAAAAUAAAGAUGUAUGAAUAUUUAUAUAAA